CCCGGCGUCCCGAGGGAGCGGCCGCGGCACCGGAGAGGGGACGGCAGCCCCGGGAGGGCAGCGGGGCCGGGGGCGAGGACGGUGCGGGGUGGCCUGGCGCCGAGCAGCAGCACCCUCCGCGCGGGGCUCGCUCGGGCGAUGGAGGCGCAGGCACCGCUCCGGGCCGGGCUCCGCCUGCCCUGCGCCUCUCGCCGGCCCCGCUGCAGCCUCCGCGCGGGCCGGGCGCUUUCCCGGGCACCUGCGAGCAAAGCGACCGCUCCGCUCUGCCGGGGCCUGCAGACAACACCCGGGGCAGAGCUGGGCGGGCGCCGGGAGCAGCGAGGGGUUAUUUUUAGAAAAGCAGGAGUCCUUUGUUAUUAAUAGCAGCCGCUGCAGACUCGAUAAACUGAGAUGGAUUUGCAGGCGGUUGCUCAGCGCUUCCCCAGCGCCGCCGCUCGCCGAUGGCUCUGCCAGGCUGGCGCGUGCCAUGCUGGGCUGCCCGGCACCCCGUGCCCGCCCCGUCCAUGCCGGGGGGACGCAGAGGAGGCAGGUGCCGUCGCGCUGGGGCUGAGGAAGAGGAGGAGAAAGCGGGUGGGAAGAGGGUCUCUAGCGGCUGGCAGGCAGUGGCGGGGAGCCGUCGGGGCACAGCUGGGGCAUGAGCAGGGAUGCUCACGCGCCUGGUGUGCAGGCGGGAGCCGGGAGCAGGGCAGUGUGUCCGGCAGAUGCUCCCGGUUCGCCGGCAAGCGGCGGGGUCCGGCUGGAGCAAGGAGGUGCUGGAAUCCAGCGAGUCUCCUGACGGUGCUCUGGGUGUUUCCACUGAAAAAUCUUCCUGGUCCGACCACAUGCCUUUCCGAUUAGCGGCUCCGAUGGGAGCUCUGCAGGCCAGACACAUGCACCGCCGGCCAAGCAGCAGCCAGACGUGGCUGGGUUUUAUAGUAUGGCUGCAGCCCCCCUCCAGCCCGUGGCCCCCGGCUUUGCCCCCGCAUUGCACAGGGCUGCAGCACGGCCCCCGCCUCCCGCCUGCACCCUCGGUGCUCACGCCGAGCGGGUGACCCGCACGGGCACACGCCGGCAGCGCCUGCCCUGCUGUGCUGCGCCCGCAGGCCUCUGCCCAGCUGUGCACCGUCACCUCCGCACAGCCAUCCCUAUCAUCCAGAUGUGCGCAGUCACUGCCGUGCAUCCACCUCACAUCAUCCAGAUGUGCACAAUUGCCAUACACCACCCCCAUCAUCCAGAUAUUUGUGAUCACCUCCGUGCAUCCACCCCAUCAUCCAGAUGUGCACAGUCACCACCAUACACCCACCCCAUCAUCCAGAUGUGAACAAUCGCCCCCGUGCGUCCACCCCAUCAUCCAGAUGUGCACAGUCACCACCAAACACCCACCCCAUCAUCCAGAUGUGCACGGUCACCUCCGUGCACGCACCCCAGGAAACCUACCCCUGCAGCCCAUGCGCGCUGCGGGGUCUCGUCCGACCCCCCCCAGCCCUUCCCCGGCGAGGCGGCUCAGGGAACAGCUGGAGCAGCCCCCGGGCUGCCUCCAGGGCGGCCCCACGGGCCCUGGCGCUCCGGCAGGCCCCAGGGACGCUGCGGCCCCGGAGGGACGGUGAGCUGAGAGCCGGGUCGGGCCCCAGGGCGCUGCGAGCACGCGUUGGGCACGCGUUGGCUGAAUACAGACCCAGCUGCCAAUUAGGGGAGAAUAAACCAGAGGUCGGCAUGGGGCAAAGGCUGACCAUUUGUUCCAGGCACGCGGAGGUUUUCCUUGGCGUCGCUGCAACGCAGCCCGGCUCCUGGGAAGCGGCUGAGCCCAAGGGAGGAGAGAGGAAUAAAGUUCAAACCCUCCCAGGACCAGCGGGUCCCUCCUCGUUCCUCGCUGUCCCUCCCCUGGGAUGGCUCCGUCCCUCCGUCUGCUCUCGCAUCCCUCGUCUCCCCGCGGCCGCUCUCGGCACCCCCGGCCUCGCCGCGUUAGGGCGCAGGAGCCUGGCGGGGUCCCGGCUCAGGCGGUGCUCCCCUGUGCCCGCAGGCAUCAUGGAGAUCCGGUCGGUACGCGUCGGCGUCGUGGCCAUCCGAGCGGUGCACACCGGCUUCUACCUGGCCAUGAACCGGCGGGGGAGGCUCUACGGCUCGAAGGAGUUCAGCCCCAACUGCGCGUUCGAGGAGCGCAUCGAGGAGAACGGCUACAACAGCUACGCGUCGCUGCGCUGGCGCCGCCGGGGCCGCCCCAUGUUCCUCUCGCUCGACAGCCGGGGCAGGCCCCGGCGAGGGCGCGCGACGCGGCGCCAGCACCUCUCCACCCACUUCCUCCCCCUGCUCGUCGCCUGAGCCCGGCUCCCGGCCAGCCAGCCCUCGGACCGAGAGGACAGAGGUCGAGGCGAACGCGCUGGACCCAGCCUGCAGCCACGCGGGGACCUGGCAUUGCUGGGACGCAGCUCUCCCGCAUCCCGCGGAGCAGAGCCGGCACGGAGCAGCCCGGGCAGCGCGCUCGCCCCUACGCCAGCUGCCAUCGUCUCGCCUUCGCCUGCAGCAGCCCAACCGCGCGGGUGUCGUGCUGCCAACAGCAUCACUGCAAGGGCCGGGACGGGGCGAAGCCCAGAGGCGGGAAGGGACAGAGACGGCGGGGCCGGGACGUGCUGGAAGGCUGCGUUUGUCUUGUGUCCAAGCACUUGCGGAAAUUAAAGCCACGUUCACGCUGCAGAAGGGGGAGCGAGUCUGGGAGCUGCGCUUGCUUGGGCUGGCCCGGGUGGCCACCGGCCCUUUCUCAACGAUUGCAGCGUCGAGCGACUCGCCUGGGGUUGCUGUUGCAGCCACCGGCAUCGGCCCCGGCCCCGGCCCCGGCCACCCCCGCCCAAACCUACCCCCGGGAAGCACCGGGGUGGCCUUUCCCGCGGCACAAAGCAGGGAGCAGGGCGAAGGCAGGGGAAGCCCCGGCUUCGCUGGACGUGGCUGGGUGGAAGCACACGCGUGACCGUGCCGUACGGCGGCAGCGGUGCAGCUGCCCCGGGGUGGAGGCUUCCCGCGCGGGCGCCCUGCCGGCUGCGAGCGCAGUGGGGCCCAGGGCCAGCCGCCCACGCGGGACACCGCUCCUGCUCAGGUGGGUGAUGCCCGAUCCAAGCCAUUUGGCUCAGGACACGAAACGCAGCAGGGGAAGCCGAACCUGACUGGCCGCAGGCUGAAGCCAGUGGCUCAGCGCUUGGUCCAGCCCCUCACCUCGGUCCAGAUCGGCUCCAGCCUCACAGAGGCAGAGAGGGAGCCAGGCACUCUGACGGCAACAGGUAAGUGACUACGGCCACCUUGCCUGGAGGGGACCACGGCCAGAAAUAGCACCAGCACCUUGGCUUCCUGGCCAGGGCGCGUUCCUGCAACGCCCUCCUCACCCCGCUGCAGAGGCAUUGCAGCUCGGUCACUUUGUCACGUCAGACACGAGCAGAAACCACCCAACUCGUUCCAUUUCUUACCGAACCAGCUCCAAACAAGUCCGUGUCAAGAGGGAAGAGCCACUGCGUUAACUCUGUCGUGACUGCUGCAGGCAUCGGCCCCGGCCUGGAGCCCCCGGCAGAGGGGAGUGCCGGGAGCCACCAAACCAGCACGUGUUCUGCUUCGUCCGUUCGAAACCCGCCAGGCAUCUCGAGCGUUUCACACACGUGAACAGAUCGCACCCGGUGCUUCUGGGGAGCUGGGAAUGCCCGACCACGCAGCCGAGCAGCUAAACCCAGCAGGCGAGGUCCGCGUUUCAGUGACUGAACGGCAAAGCCUUCCCCCGUCCCAGCCCAGCAGCUGGGCGCGCAGAGGCCAAGCGGGGAUCUUCCUGCUGCUCCCUGCCUCUUGAGCCCAAAGCCAGUGGCAGAAGUUUCUGGCUCAACCUCCAGCACAGGAUCAGCUAUUAACCCCGAUAUACCAGUCCCGAGAUAAACCCUCAUCCUGGAGGCAUCCGCCUGCCGAGAUCAAAGGCGCCAUCGCUGCCCUGGCUGAGCUGGCGGGAGCAACCCGAGGAAAACAUUCCGGGACAGUUGCUCAGGAUUGCCGGCUGCGCUCAGCCCAGCCAGGCCAGGCUGCUGUGGGGCCCGACAGGUUCUGGCAAAUUGCUCCUUGCCAUCAAAAUUGGGGACGUAUUCUCCAAACAAUCUUCUUUUCUAUUCUGAAAUGGUUCAAGAAACACCAAACAAGUCACCUUUUCCAUCCUACAGGGACAUGUCCCUUAUUGGAAAGCUUUUGGGGGGGAAGAGCCAGGUGUCUGAGCUAAGGCUCUUCAGAAGAGCCCGAAGCCCCGCGUGGUGCCAGGACCUUGACGUACGCGGCAAGCAGGCCAGCACCUGCCCCAGCUGCCCUCGGCCCAGCUCACGGGGCCCCUUCUGAGCAUUCAAAAGACAAGGAAGACACAGGGAGCCCCCAGAGCAGUGAAACACUCUUUCCACCCCACCCAGGGCAGCACAAACUCGAGGUGGAGCAGGUCACGGGUCUCAGCAGCACAAGGCUGCUGAGGAGCAGCACAGGCCAGUUUUGCAAUGCUGCCGGCUCCACAGAGCCCGGCGGCUUUGCAGGGGGUCACUGGAAAGCAGUGCACAGCUGCCAGAUUCCUCAAGACCCCCCCAGCCUCUUGCCUGGCCCUGUGACACCAACAGGGCUGCCAACAUCCAGCUGGCAUCCGCAGGGCAAUCGGCUCCUCCUUCAUGCCACAGCCUGAGUUUCUUCCUGCCACACUCAGUAACUUCUAGGCCACGUCCGAGUUCCUGUGGUCGAGUCACCAAAGGGACAGACGGAUGGCCACAAGAGCCAAGGGCAGGGCUUUGGGACGAGGGCUCCAGUGCGAGGUCGCCCGCAGCAGCAGCUCGCCAAGGGGAAGGGCAGGGCACAGCGGAGCCGGUAGCUGAGCCGCCGGAGUGCCGCUGGCUGGAAGGGCGGCAGGAAACAUCCGCCUUAACCUGACGGAGCCCAUGUCUGCCCUUGGCAAAAUCGACCCGAGGUCCUUCAGCGCUCCUCCCAGAGCGAGAUUCGCCAGGGCAGUGGGAGGGUAGAGCCAGGACCUAAUCCUGAAGCCUGGCCCGUGCCUGUACCAGCAGGGCCAGACCCCAGACCUGAAGAGCAGCCGCCAACGCACUCAGACUCAAAGGAGAGACCAACACUGCACUGCGCAGCUGCCAAACCCUGGAGAGCACCAGAGGACAGUUACCCGGCCCAGGGCAAACUCAGGGGAGAGCAUGUCAGCUGAAAACUUCAAUAAGCUUUAAGCUAAUGCACUGUAGUUUGCAUUUGCUGGGGGCUAAGAGCACAGUGAACUCUGUGGCCAGUGGAUGUGCAGCAGCUCAUUAAGUGAGCUUAAAUUUGCUCAUGUCCGAGGCCUGUGCUUGCCUGUUACAAGGCUCCUGGCUCCAUAGGUGUCUUUCCAAAGGUGGUCCAAGUGGGGCUGACACCACCUUAACUGAGCACAAGAAAGCUUAUAGCAAGAUGAGGUGGCAACUUCCCAAAGAGACAAAUGGCAGAUGAAGAAAACUCAGAGGUAAAGUGAUACUUCAAAAGUCAGCAUGAACUACUGCAGCAUUUGUUUCAGCAGGUGAUGAGAGGGUAGGAGGUAGGGUCAGGACCAGGACUGGGAGUUGCUGAAGGAAAAGGAAUGCAGUAAGGACUAGGAGACAGGAGAAAAACAUGGAAGAGCAGCAAGAAGGACAGGCUAUCCACCCUGAGGACAGCAUCUGCCUACUUAGAGUGUAGGACCAGCUCCAACACAGAAGAUCAGCUUUGUGGUAUAGACCUCUCAAGCGCAAGCUCCAAGUGAAGUUCAAAGCCUUGCAAAGCACCCGGAUUAGGGUGCAAGCGCAAGCCAAGAGACACCUCCCACCUCUGGCUGAUACCAAGCAAGGUCCUGACACACAGCCUGGAGCGUAACAGGCCUUCACACAAACACUAAGUUAGCAGGUCAGAAUAACCUGGCUGACCGUGACAGAGACAUCAGUUGACAUCUGCCCAAUGUAAUACAGACCAACGCUUCCUGAGACAGGCAGAAAAUUUCUUUUCCCUCCUCAAACUCUUUUUUUUUGGCUCCCAGGUAUUUUACCUGCUGCCACACACAAGCACGUGAGAGACGCUGCCUUCGGGCUCCUCCUCCUGGCACCACACAGGACUGCUGAGCAAACAGCCACCUUCCUUUCUUGACGCUGGAAGAAGUGGCCAGUAGAGCAGAAAUCUCACUGACUUCUCCCUGAGCACACUCCAGCAGCGUGCAACCCUGUCCCAUGUUCAAGAUCCAGGGCUUCUUUUAGAGAGCUGUCAGUGCUGCAUCUAGAGUUUCAAUGUGAUCAGAAUAAUAAAUGAAGCCCCUCGGUGAGAGAUCCCAGUAAACCCAUGUUUUUAUCCCUGCCUCGCAUCUCCCAGCCAAGUGAGCAUGGAUACACACACAGCAGGUAGGAGACUGCCCUGCUCUGGUCACAUUCUUUUCAUCCUCCAACCCCUGGUUCUGCCAAGGAAACUGAGUCACAAGCACACCUGGGACAUUUGUCUCUCUCCUUUUUUAAUCAGCUGUAUUUUAAGUAGCUUUGAAAUACAUUUUUCUCCAAAGUGUCA